GACGCCAGUUCCGGCCCCUGCCCAGUUUAAGGAGACCCCGUGCCGAGCUCGCUCUCUUUCUAUCCGGCCGGAGAACAUGGCGGACAUACAGGCCAAGAAGCUGCUUGGCGAUGCCAGCAAGGUCAGUCUCCCUUGUUUUUACAAGAACGUUGGCGGAUCCAAGGCAGCAAAACAGGUUCUGGUCAUUGACGGCAGGGGUCAUCUCCUUGGUAGACUCGCCGCCAUUGUUGCUAAACAAGUUCUGCUUGGUCGCAAAGUUGUAGUUGUGCGAUGUGAAGGAAUAAACAUUUCUGGAAACUUCUACCGUAACAAACUUAAAUAUCUUGCUUUCCUCCGUAAACGCAUGAACACCAACCCUUCCCGUGGGCCAUACCAUUUCAGAGCCCCCAGCCGCAUCUUCUGGAGGACCGUAAGAGGUAUGCUCCCCCACAAGACAAAGAGGGGCCAGGCAGCUCUGGAUCGACUGAAGGUUUUUGAUGGCAUUCCUCCUCCUUACGAUAAGAGGAAGAGAAUGGUUGUCCCAGCAGCAUUGAAAGUCGUUCGCCUGAAGCCAACGCGUAAGUUUGCGUUCCUGGGUCGUCUUGCCCAUGAAGUUGGAUGGAAGUACCAGGCUGUAACAGCUACUUUGGAAGAAAAGCGGAAGGGAAAGGCUAAAAUUCACUAUGAGAAGAAGAAACUGGUCAUGAAACUGAAAAGGCAGGCAGAGAAGAAUGUAGAAAGCAAAAUCGCAAAGUAUACAAAUGUUCUGAAACAGUAUGGCAUCCUUGUUUAAAUAAAGAACUCUCCUGCUCUGGAAUAAAACAUGUAGAAAGUC